CACUCGACAGAGGGCGCUCGCGAUGAUUCAGCGAAAAAAAAUCAUAUAGAAAACAACGUGUUUACAUUCGCAGAACUUGGACGUAAAUUGCCCCCAAAUGGCUGAUUUGAUUGCUUUGCUACCGUCUGAGUACGGUUAUGUGAUCCUGGUGGUGUUGUUCAGCUGGGCUGUGGUGCAGUGGAUGGGUUUCAAGGUCGGCUCUGCUCGCAAGAAGUACGAUGUCAAGUACCCUACAUUGUACAGUGACAAGCAUGAGAUAUUCAAUUGCAUCCAAAGAGCCCACCAGAACACAUUGGAGGUGAUUGGAUACGUUGUGGCGUUCUUGCUCCUUGGAGGGUUGAAACACCCACGCAUUUGUGCCAUUGCUGGUCUUGUGUUUGUCUUUGGUCGUAUCUCCUAUGCUCUCGGAUACUACAGCGGCAAUCCGGAAAAGCGACUGAACGGAGCUUAUGGUUACUUUGGCCUCUUCACUCUAAUUGGGGCCAACAUCUCUCUGGCACUCAGCCUCCUUGGCAUUGUGUAGUCUGCUUGGCCUUGGGUGUGGUUUGGGUGUGGCUUGGGCGUGGCCGAGAUUUUUUUUCUGGGGCUUGAUUUCAUUUGUUCCUUCCGAAGUUUAGAGAUUAGUUUGUGUGGGCGUAGUUUAGGUGUGGUUUGGGUGUGGCAUGGUCAUAGUUGAAAAAGAUUUUUUUGCUUGGGCUCAAUUUCAUUUUUUUUCUUUGAUGAGGGCAAGGGAUCAUUGCGAUCGGGUGUGGUGUGGGUGUGGCAUGGGCGUGGCUGCGAUCAUAUAUCAGUCCAUAAAUGUAUCCAAAAGUUCAGGACUUUGUUGGUAGACAAUCUUAAUUCAAAUUUAGGUGACACAUUUUAGGCAGAAGUUUUUCUGUAAUGUAGGGUCUUCUUUGAUUUUCAUUCAACUUUGUAUGCACUUGUAAAAUGUAGCGCAUUAGAAACAUAUUUGUAUUUGGUUUGGACAUUUAUAAAUGUACAUGUAGUUAUUGAUAGGCCAGUUGAACAGUAGUGAUGAAUUUAAUCAAAAUUUACAAAAAAUAUAUUUUUUUUAAGAUUGUGAUCUUUGCAAUUGAAAAUCUUUGCAUAUACUAGCACAUUUAAAUGGUUUGUUGUGUAUGUGUACAAUUAGGUAUUGAUAUGUACAUUUUGGCAUUUUAAAAAUCUCAGUCAUGCUGCAGUAUGUUCUUCGAACAGAAGAAUAUUUUCCGAAGUACUUUUUUACAGGUAGAAUUUGUAAUGUGCCAAAAUGCUGAAGCACUCUGGCAUGAACACAUGCUUUAAGUCUUAUUUUGUUAAAAUUCUGCCAAACUCGGGGUUUAUAAUAAAAAGUAUCUCAGGGUAAUAAUUGUGAUUUUCCUGAAUUAUGUACUGCCAUAUUGGAUAUUUAAUCACAAGUGUUUAUAUCAUAUUCAUUGUGCUCAAAUACAAAGUAGAAAUAUAUUUGCUUAAAAUCCCACAUAGCUGCAGGUAUUUUUUUAUAAUCGAUAGAUUUGUGAUACAUUUUUGUACUCUUAAAUUCUAAUCAUGUUACACUAGGUAUGAUGAAGUUAGGUUUAUAGUUUCAAGCAGAAAGUUUAGAAUAUUAUUAAAACAUGGCUUGUGACAGUAACACA